GACGACGAAAAGAAACAUGGCGGACGACGCGCUGUUUGAGUUCUUGUUCAUGGAAAUGACAAACUCUAUUUAUUGCCACGACGACGCUGCGGAAAGGGAUGCAUCGGUCACCAAGCUGGAACAGAUCGGCUUUUCAACUGGAUAUCGAUUGGUUGAGAGGCUCACGAAAGACUGGCCACGGUUCAAGACCGAGCUGGACGUGAUAAAGUUCAUUUGCAAGGAGUUCUGGUCUGCGGUGUACAAGAAGCAGAUCGACAACCUGAGGACGAACCACCACGGAGUCUACGUCCUGCACGAUAACAAGUUCCGGUUCUUGACGCAGUUGUCCAACAACAAACAGUACAUUGAGAUGGCACCCAAGUACUUGGCAUUUACGUGUGGUCUGAUUCGUGGAACUCUUGCCAACCUGGGCAUCAACAGCAUUGUGACCGUUGAAGUCACUGCCAUGCCUGCGUGCAAAUUUCAAGUCCAGGCUGCACAAAACUCGUGAAGAAGUCGUCAAGUCUUUUCAUCCUUGUACAUCGGAACUUGUGUUACAUAUAUGUCAGUGAAGGUGUGUUUACAUAAAUUUCUUGUGUGCUGUUUUCUUUUUUCAUUCUUU